GUGAUGUUGGUAGAGGAGUGAAUGAGUUGUGAGGGAGUUGUGAGCAUGGAUGCAGGAUCAAGAGGAGGGUAUGGAUAUGGGUGGGCAGUAUGUGCUGGUUUCAACGCCGCCCUUGCUGCUAUUUCCGCUAAGCUCCCCCUUCCUCAUCAGUUUCUUAGGUACGCCUUUGUGGCCCUCUUCAAUGUCACCAUGUGGGGAUGCUAUGUCAACAGCCUCAAAUCCCUCUCUUCGCUUCAAGCAACCGUCACCAAUUUCGCCACUAAUUUCAUCUCUUCCGGUUUGGCUGGUUUCUUCUUCUUCCACGAAUCACUCUCUCCUCAGUGGUUUGCAGGUGCCUUACUCAUCAUUAUUGGUGUAGUGAUUCUUAGCAAGUCAAGUGUUGAGGAGAAGAUCAGAGCUGAUUAGAUGGUUUGGUUUAGCAUAAUGCCUUGCAAUUCAGUUUCUUGUUGCUUUUUGCCUUUGCCGAAUGGAUCUCUCUGUUUGCACCCAUCUUGUGUAUCUUUUGAUACCCCAUCUUACUAUGAUUUCAAGCUUCAAAGUU